CAAACUGGAUUAGGUUAUGUUUUGAGAGUGCAGCCUAAAAUUCAUUUACAGUAGCUAGUUUGAGGUUAAUCAUCAAGGAUGCGUCCUUUAAAAUGCUGAGUAUCGUCCUUUCUAGCCACUUUGUUUACGUAACAUAAAAAUGAAAACGACGCAAAUAAAAAAAUUGAAAACAAAAAUUCUUAAAAUUGGCACGAAACAAAGCAAGGCGAUAUUGCCACAGUAUAAAGCGAAGCAUCAAAUAGUUUAUGGAAAAAAGAAAUCCUUUCUUAAAGGUUUAAUUAUGAAUUCUUCACGCGCGAAAAGUAAAACCGUUCAGAAUGCUUCGUUAAACAGAAAUUCGCCAAACAAGAAACAAGGAAUUUCGGAGUGUAUCGUAAAACAAAGAAAGAAAAAGUCACGCACUGUCCCAAAAGAGUUUGGAAGUGCAAAACAAAAUUCAAUGGGUCUUUUCUUUGAGUCGAACCACGACACGGCGGGAACACCGUUAACCAGUGAGAGCUGUGACAAGCGAUGUAGUGACAUUUCAGAACAAAGAAACAUAGGUGCACCGGUAAUAGUCGAAGCGCUUUCGGACAGCUUGUCUUCGCUCAGUAUACCGCAAGUAUUUCGACAGAAUCAAAAAACGAGAGCGCAAGAAAACGAUGUCGCUGACUUUGAUCCAUCGUACAUGGAGAACGUCGAUGCGCAACAGAACGAAAUCAUCGUUACUCGAUCGUCGAACGAAAAUAAUAAUUCCAAUAACGAGGGAAACCAUAAUAGAAUAUCGUCACCGUCAAAGAGCAAUCGUAGACAACGAAAACAUAAAAAAUCGUUAGAAAACAGCAAUGCAAACGAUCCUAAUUCUAGUCCAGAGAAGCCUGGCGUAUCUGUCAGUAGAAAGGAAGAAGAAUUCUUUGUCGACGAGGCGAACGAUGAAGAUAACGGUACGACAGAAGUAAACGUUACUUGUCCAAGCAGUAGCAACGAUAUUCGCAAUGAUCAGUAUUCCGUACGGUUUUAUUGUCUCAAGAAUAAAAUUGUGGCUGUAAUGGCAGAGAAGUCACGGUUCUGUUUCACUGGUAAAUUAGUAGUAAAAGUGAUAUACGGAGCGGUGCAAGCUUACGGUUACGUUAUAACUACGAAGAAUAGCCCUAUCGAGAUCUACUCUCCAAGGGGAUACAGCAACGUUUCGAUCGAAACGAGUAAUGGAUUUUCAGUAGAAAACCAGUCGGAUAUAUGGACGUCGCUUAAUGCCGAAGGUAUCAAUCGAGGUACGGAAAAUAAGUUAGUCGUCGAUAUAGAUCAAAUCCAAAGCGGCAUGGCGAUAGUUCUGCUAUGGAAUUUAGAGAAUAAACUGACCAAGUUUCUGAACGUCUUUUAUCCGUUUCGAUUAUUUCCAAAGAUAAGAAAUGGAUCGUAUCAUUCCUGGAGCAGCCCAAAGAGAGCCGAAGUAAUAUUACAAUCGAAUCUUUAUAGCGGUAACAACGAUUGUAAGGAAUUGAUCGUUGAUCCACGCGUGGCGUACGAAGUUGGUGAGAAAAUGUUAAACGACUGGCGCGAAAACAAAUGGUCUUGCGCUUUGAUCGCUGGUGGUAAAUCCGUGGGUAAAUCUACUACUAGCCGUUAUUUAAUAAACAGUAUAUUAGCCACGUCUAAGCGGGUGGUAUUGGUGGAUGUUGAUCCCGGUCAAACGGAAUGUACACCAGCUGGUUGUAUAUCGUACAGUUUAAUCGAGGAACCUCUGAUGGGGCCAAAUUUUACGCAUUUAAAGACACCUGUAUUCCAAUUGUACAUCGGAGACGUGAACGUGUCACGAUGUAUCACGCGGUACAUCGAAAGUAUCAGACUGUUGAUCGAUAAAUUGUUACACUGUCCCGUUCUAUCGCAAUUACCCAUCGUCGUGAAUACGAUGGGUUUCUCUCAGGGUAUCGGAUGGGAGAUAAUUAUGUAUACGAUAAAAUUGAUUCGACCUUCUUUGGUGGUACAAAUCAUGUCUGAGAAAGCUAAAAACAAUUACAUUGGAUAUUUGAGUAAACAAGUUGUAAAUCGACAGCAACCGUGGUCUUCGUGGAGCGUGAACGAUAUCGAUUGGAACCGACCAUGCGAUCACGAGCUUUACGUGGUACGUUCGCACGCGGAACGUAAAGCACCUGCAGGAUACGAAACCUGGAACAUGGAGCCGUAUCAACAGCGGGAACUCGUUAUGAUCUCCUAUCUAAGUGAAAUCGCUCACAAUGCUAUGUCGCGCAAUAAUGUUGCAUCAUUAAGUAUUAACGAAGCAGUGCCCUACGCAACACCUUUUUCUUCGUUAUUCAUUUCGAUCCCGCGAACGUUUGUACCUCCCACGCACGUGUUAAACGUAAUAAAUGGUAAUAUAGUAGCUCUGUGUGGAAUCGAUAUACAGGACGACGAUCCACAAAGAAGCGAAACUACAUCUGGUCCUCGCAUACUGGAUAGAUCGCCUCUUUGCCCUUGUUACGGUUUCGGAAUCGUUAGAGGAGUCGACAUGGAACGGGAAGAAGUGUUUAUAAACACACCAUUGCCGGUAUACGUGAUGCAAUACGUGAACUGUUUAAUGGGUUGUAUACCGGUGCCCGUCACGCUUUUACAGUUGAAUCAACAAAAGAACGUACCUUACACCGGUGGAAAUCACGUUUUGCCAAUGAGCCGAGAACCUCGUAGAGGAUAUUUCCGUAUGAGGUACCAAAGAGUGCAAAACAAUGCUUAAAAACGAUUCGUCGAUGAGUUUUGAGAAGCUGUACAUAGCAUUGAUAUUUCUUUUCAAUCAUCGAAUAGCCAUUUCUAAUGUUUUCUUUGAUUCUUUUUUUUUUUUCAUUUU